CUCUAGAUAUUUAUCUCUGUGGAGUGAGAAAAUCAAUGGAGGCUGAUAAUUCUUCUUCUUUCGAGAGUAGCGAAAUGCAAGCGAUGUUCCUUGCAUCGACGCCGUUGUUAUCGGAAUCAUGGAAAUUCUGCAACCAUAUCAACACCGCCGCCGCUGCCGGAAGCUUCGUUGUUUCGCCGGCGGCAGCCGGAGAAGUGGUUUACGUAGCUUUCUCCGGCGUCCAGCUUGAUCAGACUUGUUUGAAUUUAGUCCCACUCGAUAACACCUUCACUGACGACCUAUUCUGCGCCCUUCAUCGCCGGGAUAAGCCGGCGAUGGUUCACGCUGGAUAUCUUCAUCUGUUCUUGAACCUAAUUCGUUGCCCUAAUUUUCAGAAUCAGAUAGGUGAAAUUCUGAAGAAAAGCAAGUCAAUAGUGUUCACAGGGCACUCCAUUGGAGGAGUAUUGGCCUCUCUCUCGGCCCUUUGGUUCCUCUCUUCCCUCCAAACCACAAAAUCCAAUAUGUCUGUCCUUUGUGUUACAUUCGGCUCGCCUUUUCUAGGAAACGAGACACUCUCCCGCGCCAUCCUAGAACAAAGAUGGGGAGGCAACUUCUGUCAUGUGGUAGCCAAACAAGACAUUAAUGUCCUUACGACCUUAAUUAGCAGCCAGAUCCAUUUUUCAUUAUGGCCUUUUGGAGGCUACAUGUUUUGUUCUAGACAAGGUGCCAUCUUCUUAGAAAAUGCCACCUCUGUCGUCAAGAUGAUACAUUUGAUGGUCAAGACAGUAGAUCACAACCUCGACCACGACCAGGACCAUCUCAAUUAUGGGGACUAUAUAGGGAAACUUUCAUUUCAGUUCUUGAGAAGGGAAGAUCGUUUCAUAGAAGAGGGGAAGUCCAGCUAUGAAACCGGCAUCAUAUUGGCUCUUCAAUCCUCAGAAAUCUCAAAUCAGGAAUUGUGCUUUGAAGAAGCGAAAGAUUGCUUGAGGACAGCAAGGACACUAGGCCGGGCUCCAAACAUGAACAUGGCAAAGUUAAGUAAUAAAUUGGCAGAAAUCACGCCAUUGAGAGCCCAGAUACAAUGGUAUAAAGAAAUAUGCGACAAGAAGGGCGAGAAGCUCGGGUAUUACGACACCUUCAAGCGAAGAGGGGACUCGAAAAAAGAAAUGAAAAUCAACAUGUGUCGACUAAGGCUAGGGGCAUUCUGGGACAAUGUGAUUAAGAUGGUGGAGAAUAAUAAACUUCCUUAUGACAUUCACAAGAGAGGAAAAUACGUAAUGGCGUCUCUGUUCUACAAACUUCUGGUGGAACCGUUAGACAUAGCUGAGUAUUAUCGAAGUGGGGAGCAUCGUGUAAACGGGAACUAUCUUCAGUAUGGAAGGGAAAGAAGGUACUUGAUCUUGGACAAGUGGUGGAAUGAUUUAAACGAUGGAGAGAUAAGGAAGUAUGAGAGGAGUACAUUUGCUAGCUUAACACAAGACAGUUGUUUCUGGGCGAAAGUGGAGGAAGCGAUUAAAUGGGUGUACUGUAUUAGGAACGAGAGCGACAAGAGUAAGCUUUACAGGUUGUGGGAGAAUCUAAAUGAAUUUGAAAAUUAUGCAAUGGGAAUGGUGGUGAGGAAAGAGGUGUCCAUAGAUGUGGUGCAAGCAAAUUCAAGUUAUAGUCUAUGGUUGAGAGAAUGGGGAGAAUUGAAAUCACAAUUCCAACCAUUUCAAAGCCAUUCAACGACUGCUUUCGAGCUCGAUGUAGCGAAUUGAAUCAAUCCUAGAUGUAUGUAAAAGUAAAAUAAAGACUCGAUUUAUAUAUAUAUAUAUAUAGCAUACAUACCUCAUGUGGGAUUGAAGGAAUGAAGAACUUGUUCCAAGAGUGAUCUUGUAUAUGCAUCUAAUGGUGAUUCUGGUUUGUCAGAAUGAGAAAUGUUUAGGAGAUGAAGCUUCUUGGAUGAAACAAAUGCUGCUGAAAAUAUUCUCUUCAUUCCACCUCUUGUGCUGUCAAGUUUGUAUUCAAACUCGUAUACUUUUAUAUCUUCCAUUCCUGAUCUCUCAGAAUAAGCAAUUACUUGAGCAUCUUUCGUA